AUGCUAGUAUGGAAUAUCCGGAGAAUUGCUGGCCGUGCCUCAAUUCGCUGUUUGAAGAAGCUGUUACGUUUACAUUCAGUAACUUUUCUAGUCAUCAUCGAGCCGAUGGUUGAUGCUGGUCAGCUAGAUGAUUUUACGUCCCGUUUUGGUUUUCACCUUGGGGUAUGUAACUCCUCCAAUAAAAUAUGGGUAAUGUGGCGGUCUGGCUUUGCUGUAAAUGUUUUAGUAAACAAUGACCAACUUAUUCACAUGCAAGUUUGCCAUGAUUCUUGGACCUUUGUUGCUCACGGGUCCUUUGUUUAUGGCAAAUGCUCGCGAGUUGAACGUCGCGCCUUAUGGUCAGCCCUGGGAUUAAUAUCGGAGGAAAUGGGGACUAAGCCGUGGCUUGUAGGAGGCGAUUUCAAUGUUGUAGCUGCUGCUGAUGAAUAUGCCGGACAGGCUGCACAAGACUUGACCGCAAUGGCUGAGUUUGCUGAAUGUAUAUCUGCAUGUGGUCUCAAAGAGAUUCCCUUCUCGGGCAGUCGUUACACUUGGACUGGUAUCCGCCAAGGCAGGAGAAUCUGGAAGCGUUUAGAUAGACUCCUGAUGAAUCUGGAAUGGCAACGUCGUUUCUCUGGCAGCGUAGUGAAACAUCUUAAUCGCGCUACCUCAGACCAUAGCCCACAGUUAUUGCAACUCUCCCCAGGGCUCCCCACUGGGCCGAAGUCGUUUCGCUUCCAAGACAUGUGGUUAAAUCACCACGGUUUCCUCAUGGUGGUUCGCCAGUGCUGGGAUCAACCGACAGAUGGAUAUGGAAUGUUUCAUUUUUUCCUCAAAUUGAAACAUUUAAAGCAAGCCUUGCGUACUUGGAACCAAGAUGUAUUUGGUAAUAUUUUCGAGAAAGUCUCCAAAGCUGAGGAGGAAGUAAGGCUAAAGGAGUUGCAACUUGAGGUGACAGAUUCGGAUGAGGCUCGAGUGCAAUGGAGUCAGGCCCAGGCUGCACUGCUGAAACACCUAACUGAUGAGGAAACUUUCUGGAAACAGCAAGCCAGAGUGAAGUGGCUGAGGGAGGGCGACGCAAAUACUCGGUAUUUUCACUCCCACCUGUUGGAUAAGCGGGCACGGCUCUCGAUCACCAGGAUCUACAAUUUAGAGGGUGAGGUUGUUGAAAGUGCAAAUGACAUUGGGACAACGGCAGUGGCUUUCUUUCAAUCGCUGUUAGCGGAGGUUCCACCAAUAAACAACACUGCUAUUUGCAGGCUGCUAGAGGCCAUCCCACCUCUUGUUACCCCAGAUCAGAAUGCGCAACUCAUCUAG